AUGGAGAAGCAGCACCUGUUGAACGCCAGGUCUGGAGCUCGGUCGUACAUGGGAUCUCUGUGGCAGGAUGGGACUGGCUGGAUCCCUCUGUCUGGACACAGCCUGGACUUACAGGCCAUUGAGGUGGCUGCCCAGAGCAACCAUUACUGUCAUGCCCAAAAGGAUCUUGACAGUGAAGGUGACCCUAAGAAGGAGCGUGCCCGGCGCCAACUCUAUGUGGCUUCUGCCAUCUGCUUGGUGUUCAUGAUCGGGGAAAUCAUUGGUGGGUACCUGGCACACAGCUUGGCCAUCAUGACCGAUGCAGCCCACCUGCUCACAGACUUUGCCAGCAUGCUCAUUAGCCUCUUCUCCAUCUGGAUGUCCUCCCGACCAGCUACCAAGACCAUGAACUUCGGCUGGCAGCGAGCUGAGAUCCUGGGAGCCCUGGUCUCUGUGCUGUCCAUCUGGGUCGUGACUGGGGUACUAGUGUACUUGGCUGUGGAGCGGCUAAUCUCUGGGAACUAUGAGAUCGAGGGGAACACCAUGCUGAUCACGUCGGGCUGCGCUGUGGCUGUGAACAUCAUUAUGGGGUUAACCCUUCACCAGUCUGGCCAUGGGCACAGUCAUGACCAUGCACACAGCCAUGGCCAUGCACACAGCCAUGACACCAGUGAGCAGCAGGAGAACCCCAGCGUCCGAGCUGCCUUCAUCCAUGUGAUUGGGGAUUUUCUGCAGAGCGUGGGCGUCUUGGUGGCAGCCUAUAUUAUAUACUUCAAGCCAGAGUACAAGUAUGUAGACCCCAUCUGCACCUUCAUCUUCUCCAUCCUGGUCCUGGGGACAACCUUGACCAUCCUGAGAGAUGUGAUCCUGGUGCUAAUGGAAGGGACCCCCAAGGGCGUGGACUUCACAGCGGUGCAGGAUCUGCUACUGUCCGUGGAGGGGGUGGAAGCCUUGCACAGUCUGCAUAUCUGGGCACUGACUGUGGCCCAGCCGGUGCUUUCUGUCCACAUUGCCAUUGCUCAGAAUGCAGACGCCCAGGCUGUGCUGAAGGCAGCCAGCAGCCUUCUCCAGAGGAGGUUCCACUUCCACACUAUGACCAUCCAGAUCGAGGACUACUCCGAGGACAUGAAGGACUGUCAGGCAUGCCAAGGCCCCAAGGACUGACUGGCCAGACACCAACUGGGGCAUGGACAGGAACUGAAGGUGAUGGGACUGACAGUCCCCCAGGUCCAGCCAGGACUCUGCCUCCUCUGGCUGUGUGUAAACAGGUUCCCACCCUGACCUCUGCUGUGUGCUCAAUGUGGAGCCUGGACCUGCUCUGGUAAUAGGGUCUUCUGGCCUCCCCAUCUGACUACAGCCAGCCCCAGGAUGAAGACCUGGCAGGUAUCAAGCUAGCUGACCCCACUCCUCCAGCUUCUGGGUCAGCUGGCAGGGCUGUAUUUGGGCUAAUGCUGUCCUAUCGCCUGCAGUGGCAAAGGCAUUGCAGCACAGUGUGGGACAGCAGCCUCAGCGUUCCCUCACCUGCCUGCCUCAUUUCCUAUUUUCAGCCUGUCCGGGCUUUGCCUUACGAGUCUGUAAAGAAGCCCUGAGUACAGCGUGGUGGUGCAUGUACCUGUAGUCCCAGCUACUCAGGAGAUUGAGGCAGGAGGAUUGCUUGAGUCCAGUUCAGGCUGCAGUGACCUAUGAUUAUGUCACUUCAGUCUACACUCCAGACACUUGACAGAGAAAUAACUCAUUUCUUUUCUUUUCUUUUUUCUUUCUUUU